AUGCAACAGAUCAAGGACAACCUAACCGCCACCCAGCAGCGACAACCUACCCAAGUCAACACGACGACCUUCCAAGCCAAUGACCAAGUCCUCUUUCACAAGUCCUCUGCCACUUGGCCAUCCUCGGCCGAUGACGCCGACCCCUGGUUCCAAUUCCCGUACCCUGCGUUCGAUCGUCCGGGCGCCAUCCGCACCUCCCUCGGGACCACAUACCAUGGACUCCAGCGCUCAAGCCCCGCAAGACGCAUCGACUGA